CGGAUAUGAGAAACGUCCAGACCGAGGUUUCGGUUGAAGAAAGGACGUGUCUCUUUGAUAUCAUUGGAGCGUAUUUUGAGUAUGGUAUGACCGUGGCUUUUACGGCUAUUGGAAGAGCUGUGGCGGGUAGACCGAUAAUGGUGUUGCUGUACUCGGCCGCCUUGGUGGCUGUUCUGUCCUGGGGCAUCAAGUCACUUGAGGUCAUCACCGAUCCUGUCGAGCUGUGGUCAUCUCCGAAUUCGAGAGGAAGAAUGGAAAAGGAAUACUACGACUCUCAGUUCGAACCUUUCUUUAGGUCUGAGCAGUUGAUCAUCAAAGCCAUUGGCUACGACUCGGUGAAGCAUCCGGAUUCAGGAGAAGUUUGGGGCCCUGCGUUUAACCAGUCAUUCUUUCUGGAUGUUUUCGAUCUGACGAAUUAUCUCCAGGAAAAGUUGCGUGCCCCUUGGGGAUCGGAUUUGCACGAGACGAACGAAACCGUGGGCUUGGCUGACGUUUGUUUCGCCCCGCUGAAGCCGGACAACCACAAGUGCGCCGUCCAGUCCGCUUUCCAGUACUUUCAAAAUUCUCGAGCGAAAAUCGGCAACCGCAACAGCUUUUGGCGCACGCUGGACACGUGUGCCGUCAGCAAUCACGUGCAGCUAGACUGUCUGGGUGACUUUGGAGGACCCGUGGACCCGAAGCUGGCCUUUGGUGGAUACCUCAAGGAUCCGAAAGCUGGACUCGAACGCGCUAAUAUCACGGCGUUUGUGGCGCUGUUCACGCUGGACUUGCGUCGCCAGGAAAACAACCGCCUCGACGUGUUUUGCUGCGUGCAGGGCGAGAAGCGGGAGAAGCACGGCGCCACGGAAGGCGUCCUCUACAAGAUCUUCAAGGAG